UGGCUAACUUAGGUGUCUAGCUUGCUAGUAAAUACUCUCACCAUUUUUUUUCAUAAAAAUUGUUUUUAACCUCUUCUCAUCUCUUCUGCUUUUCACAAUGAAGCAGAAAGAUAGCAUUUCUUCGAUUAUUUCACCCCUGGUCCGACCAGGGCCAUCGGACAUUAGCUUCAAAAAUAUGAGAUUCCUUAUCAUGGACAGGCCAACUGAUAAUACUUUAAAUAACUUCAUAGAGGAGCUCAAGAAAAGAAAUAUUCGUGAUGUUGUGCGUGUCUGUGAACCAACUUAUAGGACUGAUUUAUUAGCUAAAGAAGGAAUCAAUGUACAUGAUUGGCAAUUUGAUGAUGGAUCUCCACCACCGCAACAUGUGGUCGAGCAAUGGUUUGAAUUGUUAAGGACAAGGUUCCAAGAAGAUCCUAACAGCUGUAUUGCUGUUCACUGUGUUGCCGGUCUUGGUAGAGCUCCGGUGCUAGUGGCUCUAGCAUUGAUUGAAUUAGGAAUGCAGUAUGAAGAUGCCAUUGAUUUAAUUCGUCAAAAGAGGAGAGGAGCGAUUAAUGCUCGGCAACUAUCAUACCUUGCUGAGUACCGUCCUAAGUCCCGACUCAAGACGAAACUACGUCAAACUCAUAAAUGUCUACUGCAUUAAUUUCACUCUGUAACAUCCUCCUUCAUUAAUCAGUAUAGUAAAUUUAUUCCACCUUCAUUAAUCUCAUCUUUUAUUAACGUAAACUCAAGUUUGUACUCGAUUUUAUGCAAACUGGUCACUUGAGAACUCUACCUUAUCUCAACUUUAAUACCAAUGGAAGAACUGAACAGAGUAGACAUGAAACCAGUUUAAAAAUGAAAGAAAACAUCUACUCAAGAGUAUAAAAAAACAACGUUCAUUGAUACAAAUAAAUUGUGGAAUCGAGCAACACGA